UUCUAGAUGAACGCAAGACUGUGCCAUGUAUUAUAUCGAUUGUUUUCUGGUAUCCCUAAUGCAAGGAAACGAUUUUAUGAGGAAGCACGGGUUGUAUUUAAGCCAAUGGAGGAAGUUUAUAACAUAUAUCUUGAUAAGCACAAUUUGGUUACACCGAAGCGGAAUCCAGUAAAGAUAUAUUCUGAAGCACUUGCUCUUGCUGUAGCUGAAGAAUGGAACAUGCAGAAGGAUGAGUUAAGGAUGGACUUAAUGCGGCUCACAGGCUUGAUUUUUACAGCUAUCGAUAAUCCGAUGUCAUUAAAAAAAUCUGACCUCUUGUCACAAGUGCUCCAGUUUCUGGACAAAGACACAGUCCUAUAUCGACUGGUGGAAAACAGUAAUUUACUAGAGCUAGAAGAGGCAAACUGGAAUCCAGUAGUCGAAUGGGUAAACUGGGAGUAUGGUUUGUCAGCGAAACCGAGUUAUUCACUGGUUGAAGAAGCUGUGAUCGACAAUAAUUCACGAGUUCGUUUGGCAAACCAGUUGUCAAAUUACAGUUUUCUACAAUUGAUCGGUUUACAAUAUGCUACUGAAGCGCUCAAAUCUGUAUUUCUUACCCUGGCAACCGUAUCCUCUCGUUUGCAUGUCAAUGAAGCCGUUGAACUGGCACUGUUAGAACAGAAAUACCAAAGUGAUAUCUGGGGAAAAGUUGAAUGGGCUCAUGAUAUCGAGCGAGAAGAACUGAUUUCACGGUUAUCAGUCGGUUCACUAUUAGUGCAUUUGGGUGACUUUGAACCACAAUACGAAAUGAAAUCUCAAAAAAAUGAAACUGUGGAAAAUGAUACAAAAGUGGUUUAAUUUUUUCAAUUUCUGCCGAAUUCAUUGAUUUGGAAUUUUUGAUCAAAUGUAGCUGUAAUAAUGC